AGUACUCCAAAAACUAACAAAAGAUUUCCCGUUGUUAUAUUUUCCAUCAACUGGAGCAAAGCAGAAAACAAAGUCAAAAAUGGCGGAAUUAUUGAGCUUAGGCAUUCUCAUUGAUAUUGUUGAUGAAGAUUGGAUGAGAGAUACUCUUCCCGAUGAAGACAUUGAUUUACCACCAAUUGCAGUUGCUCGAACUGAAGAAGCUGAUGAACCCAAUGAAGAAACUCCAGCAGCUGAUGGAGAUACUUGGCAUGACCUUGCAUUGGGUAGACAGUGAUUGCAAAUUACAGGCACUUAUGACAUGAGCAUCGAAAUCAGGAUACCGUUUAUUAAGAAGUUCAUGCAGCAGGCAGUAGAUUGAUUAUGUUAGUAGUACUGUUGUUUAUAACCGUGGGAAGAGUCACAGGGCUCCCGAGUUUGUAAGUUAAUCUACUACAUACUCUAUUGUCGUAAAGAUUUCUUCUAACAAAAUGUCCAUUAUCUUGCUUCUAAAAGAGAGGUGGUUAGUCGUUUUCCUUGUCACA